AUGGCAGCGCCGGCUGCCGAGACGUUGGAGUGUGUGGCUCUCCUGGAGCGUGACCGCAACGAAGACCUCCUCACCACCUGGGUGUACCCCGCGGCGGAGGAGGGCCUGCGCACGGCGCUGGAGCAGUGGGUGACGAUCCUGGCUGCGGGCGCGCUCGCGGCGCGCCACCAGCAGCGCACCGACGACGACGCCGAAGCUGCCGCCACCGACGACCAGCCGCCCCACCCCUUCAUCUUCACCAAAUACAAGACGUCGUGGGUGUACAUCCAGGGGGCGGACGGGAAGGAGGCGGGUGGUGGUGGUGGUGGUGGUGGUACGAUGGUGUGGGUGGCGGUGGUGGUGAGCAGCACGGGCUUCAACCCGGAGCGCUACGAGGCGCUCCUCCGCGCCAUGGUCAACGCCGCCACGGGCGCGUCGGGGUCGGGUGCGUCGCCGCCGAAGCUGCUGGAGUGCUUUCUGUCGGUGCAGAUCAAGGGGCGGUACGCGCCGGCCGGGUUCGUGGCGGCGGAUCACGACCCGCGCAAGGCGCUGCUGGUGAGCGACAUCAAGCACCUGGUGCCGGCCCUGGGCGUGGAGUUCAUCGUGGUGUGGACAGCGCUGCUGAUGAAGAAGCGCGUGGCGGUCUACGGCGCGGCGGUGACCGACGUCCUCGCGGCCGUGCGGGGCCUGCCGGCGCUCGUGUGGCACCGCCAGGAUUGGAGCGGCCGCCUGCUCCGGCCGUGGGUCACACUCGACCCGGACUCACAGCUGGCCGAGCUCGAGCAGGCCGGCGUGUUCGUGGCCGGCUUCACCGACCCGGGCGUGCGCGCCCUGCCGGACCUCUACGACGUCCUCGUCGACCUCGACCAGCGCACCGUGCGCGUCAUGGACCACGCCGCACCCGACUUCAAGAUGGGCGCCUUCCACAAGGACCUCGCCACCUACCUCCUACAGGCCGCUGCCGACCCCGACGUCUCCGCUCAGGCCAUCAUCAAGGAGGUGGCGGUGCGGACGAAGGAGCUGCUGACCAAGCUGGCGGCGUUGCGCGUCGAACACGAGGACGGCAACAAGUACAUCACUCUCGAGGGCCUGCAGGCGCGCAAGCUGCCGCCGAACAUGGAUCGCUUCCUGUACAACGUGGCGGGAGCCGAGAACAUGACCUUCAACACCCACAAGUAA